UUCGCGAGAAGGAGGACCGCGUGAACCUGCUGUUCAUGAGCCAGGGGAAUGCCGCGAUGAGCCAGAAUGGUCCUUAUCCCUCCCUCCUUCCCUCUCUCUGAUUGAGAGGUAACUGUACGAUGCCAUGGAUGUCCAUACUGAUAAACCAUGCAGUCACCGAAGAAGGCCUCGACUCGAAACUCACCCUGCACUACUACGCGCGCAUGCGCUUCAUCUGGAACCUCCUCCCACAGCUCACGAAGGCCGGAGAAGAAGUCUCCCAACCCCAGUUACAGUCCCAACCUCUAUCCCGCGUGAUCUCCGUCCUCGAGGCCGGCGGUGAAUCCCCCUCCCUCGACCUCUCCGACCUCUCCCUCACCCGGACCUUCACGCUACGCAACUGCGCCAAACACGCCAUCACCAUGACCUCGCUGGCGACGGAGCACCUGGCGCUCACGCACCCGGGCACCUCCUUCGUGCACGUCUUCCCGGGCAUCGUGCAGACGGGGCUCAUGCGUGACGCCGGGGGAGUGGCGCGCUUUGCGGUGUCGGUGCUGGCGAAGACGCUGGCGAGGCCGUGGGUGGUGCCGGUGGAGGAGUCGGGCGAGAGGCAUUUGUUUGUGGCGACGAGUCCUGAGUAUCAAGCUGUGGGGGAGAAAGGGGGAGGGGGGUAUUUGUUGAAUUGGGAUGGGACGCCGAGGGGGAAUGAGAAGGUGAUGGCGGAGUUUAGGGAGAAGGGCACGGCGGAGGUGGUCUGGAAGCAUACGAUGGAGGUGUUUGAGAGGAUUCGGGGGAGAGGGCAGGAUGGAGCUGGUCAGUAGAUGGGAGGUGUAGUUGAUGUGGAUAGUAGAAAAUAGGUCUUUAGGUAUUAGUGCUUUUGUAGACAGUCUCUCAGAAUUCACGCAGCCUCUUCUAGUUCAA